UGGCACGGAACAAUUCACGAUGAAAUGGGUGGACGACGAAGGCGAUCCGUGUAGGAUUGCCUCCCAACAGGAAUUGAAUGAAGCAUUGAGACUGUACGAGCUCGAAAAGGAUACGGAAAUAACGAUACAUGUUUCACAACAUCAAUCUCGAUAGCAAAAGCGAAGAUCGCAUAUCAGAAGGAUAAGGAAGAAUUGACAGGACAGGCAGCAAAGACGAAGGAGCAGCAAGUGCAAAAUAGUAACUCAAAGAGAGACGAACAGUCAACGAUCAAACUGAAAAAUAGAAGAAAAUAAAGAGAAAUAAAGUAGAAAAUAAAAUAGAAUAGAAGUGUGACCUGCUGUAGGAAUAAUUCUUUUCAGAAAUGGAAGCAUACAAAAAGUGGAAAAAUCUUCUCUGAAGAAAAGAAGUAGAAUCAACGUAUAUAAUACAAUAUAGGAUAGGACGGCGAGACAAAGUUUACUUGAAAGCGGUGACAAGAAAAAUCACUGAAUAAUCAGUGAGCAAACAGCAAAAGCAUAAAGAAGGAGGAGGAGGAGGAUAGAUAAAGAGAGAAAGAGGGGGUGGGCAGAAUCUGUGGGUAAACAUAGGUGGGUGUAGAACCGGCAGCGCGAAGGGAAGAGAAGAGAAGGGAAAGGGAGGAUAUGUAUAUGUAUCACCUCCAUCUCGACAAGGCGAUCCGCGUUUGCGCGAUUCGGUCGGUAGCGUGCGCCGGGCGGUGGUGGCGGGCGGUUAACGCAUCUCGCCGCGGCAGUAGUCGAUAUCCUUGCACGGACCGAUCAGCAAGGGCAACACGCCUGACGCUCCGACACAAACCUGGCCGUGAGAUCGCGAGAUCGGCUCGUCAGAAGGGAAGCGUCGAGCGGAGAGAGGAGAAAGUCGAACCGGGAUUGUAGAGAGCUUCUCUUACAGUCGCAAAGGGGUUGCGCCAUCGACUACGUUUCGACUACAACGGUAGUCGUCGGUGGUAGUCGUCGGCGCGCUACACCGCGAGCAGAGAGAGGUCGCAAAAGAGGCGGUAAACUAGCAUCGAUCGAGGUUGGUGAUUCGUCGCAUGCUCAUCCCGGCGGCUCCUGUGUAAGAGGUCGACUGCGGUCGAAAGGAGACAAGGCGAGGCAGGAAAGGAAGUCGAGCAUAGAGAAAGAGGCAAAGAGAUCCCGCGCCCGAAGCAUCAAAGAGGCAAUCGCGUUGCGAUUGGAGCAGACGCAAGACGAUAUAAUAAUACACCGCGACGAUUGAGCAAGGCGAGACAAGUACGGCUAGGCUCGUUACAGAAUGGCGUGGGGUUAUUGGAGCGCAACUUCCGUCAGCGAUCGGGGUCGGUCACCUCGCCGCGAGAAGGACAAACAGCAUCAGUGCUUGCAUCAACCGUCGCAGCAACAGCAGAUGCAUCAGUCGGAGUUAUCCGCGCAGAGCACCUAUAGCAGCGUGCAGCAGGAGCGAGAGCUCGGUCCCGGUGUCGCCGGGGUCGCGACGGAGGAACCACCCUGUAGUAUGAUGAUCCAGGGCGGCUCUUUUUAUUCGUACUCUGCGGCGACAGCGGCAGCCGCAGCGGCAGCGAGCCGUCGUCUUUCCACCGCCGUUGUCGAGGGUGGCGGUGGUCCAUCCUCCUCCUCCGUUACUUCCACCGGCAUCCAAGUGUUACCGCGCGAGCGCCACGUGAAACCCGGCACGUACCCACCGUCGCCGGGUAGCGGCGACUCGGCUGAAUACGAGCAACCAAUCAUCGGUCACCUUCGUGCCGCCGACAUUUCGCCACCUCCCCUCAUCAGUAGCCCACUGCAUCAUCAUCAUCUUCAUCACCAUCAUGAUGACAUCUUCGCGCAACCCAGCACCUCGUCCAGAUCGGCGACAAAGAUGCUCCAGUGUCCCCCGGAUGUCGCCGAAGGUAUGGACGAACUGUCCGAAGCCGAGUUUGAGGAAGUGGUAGUCAAUGCUGAAUUAAUUUACGGCCGCAACAUUGGGCCCACCGCGACGUGUCGCGUACACGGGCCGUGCAAUCAGCAGCAGCAGCAAUUGCCACCGUUGUUACCGGAGUCUGCGCCCUCGAUGACGUCGCUGCUCGACAUCGAGCCUGUGGGUCCGUCGCAGUUCCAGUUCAACGAGAUCACCUGGGUUUUUCCGAACGUGCCGCCUGCUCCCGGGAUGCCGUGUCAGGGAGAAGACAGAAGCAUCUACAGACGUGGCGCUCGUAGGUGGAGGAAGCUGUAUCGGGUGAACGGCCAUAUUUUUCAGGCGAAACGAUUCAAUCGGAGGGCAUUUUGCGCAUUUUGCCAGGAUCGGAUCUGGGGCCUCGGACGUCAAGGAUUCAAGUGCAUUCAAUGCAAACUGCUGGUACACAAAAAAUGCCACAAAGUGGUGCGCAAGCCGUGCCUGAGUCAGCAGCAGCAACAGCAGCAGCUGCAGAGCGCGGAGUCCCAGACGAUCGACAGAAAUGGUGAUCAACAGCUUGAUCCGUAUCCGAUCCCUCUCGAGGAUGAGAUAUCGGAGUCGCCGAUCAUCGAGGAGCAUUCGCGCGAUCAAAUCGGAAGUGAGGAAGGGGAAGAAUUGCCGUUAGACACAUUAAACGAAGGCGACACAUCGAACGAUAUGCAACGGCAGUACUCUUUGAAUGACUUCGAACUGAUCAGAGUGAUCGGCCGUGGCUCCUACGCCAAGGUCUUGAUGGUGGAGCUGAAACGCACUAAGAGGAUCUACGCUAUGAAAGUUAUCAAAAAAUCUCUGGUGACAGAUGACGAGGACAUCGAUUGGGUGCAAACGGAAAAACAUGUGUUUGAGACAGCCUCGAAUCAUCCCUUUCUGGUAGGCCUGCACUCCUGCUUCCAAACGCCUUCACGCCUAUUUUUCGUGAUCGAAUUCGUGCGUGGUGGCGAUCUCAUGUUUCAUAUGCAGCGACAGCGUCGUCUUCCAGAGGAUCACGCACGGUUUUAUGUAGCCGAGAUCAGCUUGGCAUUAAACUUUCUACAUGAAAAAGGAAUUAUAUAUAGGGAUUUAAAACUCGAUAAUGUAUUGCUUGAUCAUGAAGGACACGUUAAGCUUACGGAUUACGGAAUGUGUAAGGAGGGUAUCCGGGAGGGCGAUAACACUGGCACGUUCUGCGGCACUCCCAAUUACAUCGCUCCUGAAAUUCUCCGUGGCGAAGAAUACAGCUUUUCAGUGGACUGGUGGGCUCUAGGGGUUCUUCUGUACGAGAUGUUGGCGGGACGUAGCCCCUUCGAUCUCACUAGUGCAUCUGAAGAGCCGGAUAAAAACACUGAGGAUUUUCUAUUUCAAGUUAUUUUGGAAAAGACCAUACGUAUACCGCGAUCUUUGUCUGUUAAAGCGGCGUCUGUUCUUAGAGGAUUCCUUUGCAAAGACCCCGCGGAGAGGCUAGGUUGCGGAAAGAGACCCUCUGGUUUUCUUGAUAUUGUCGCUCAUCCUUUUUUCAAAGCGAUUGAUUGGGAAAUGUUGGAACAAAAACAGGUUACACCACCUUACAAACCACGCUUGGAUUCCGAUCGUGAUCUAGCAAACUUUCCGCCUGAAUUUACGGAUGAAGAAGUUCGUUUGACUCCGGAUGAUCCGAAGCAAAUCGAGAAGAUUGAUCAGAGCGAAUUCGACGGUUUCGAGUAUGUAAAUCCUCUACUAAUGUCACUAGAGGACUGCGUGUGACAAGAGCCGAUUCUCAUUGUGCAGCGUCACAAUCAAGAUUUACAGCAACAGCAGCAGCAGUAUCAAUUGCAGCAAUGUUACAUGUAUGAAUUGCAAGAUAGACUCGCGAAACUUCGUAUUGAUCCCCUGCUCCCCGUUGUCGGCUCAAGUAAUCGAAGUUAUCACAAUAAUGUA